CAAUUGGACGAUAUAUAUGAUGCGGUAAAAGAAUAUGCUAUAGCCACAGCCUCACUUCGUGCAAGAUUUUGCUUAAUUCAAAACCGCGUGGAAAUGAAACAAAAAAUACUACAAGAUACUACAUCCUCAGAUGCAGUAAAUUUUGGCUCAAUUAAAAACCCACUGGAAAUGAAUCAAAAAAUACUAGAAGAUACUACAUCCUCAGAUGCAGUAAAUUUUGGCUCAUUUAAAAAGCCACUGGAAAUGAAUCAAAAAAUACUAGAAGAUACUAAAGCCUCAGAUCCAUUAGUUUUUGGUUUAAUUGAAAAAUAUGAAGAAUCGAAUCACAACCUACUUGAGGCCAAUCAAUCAAUCGAUUUGAUAUUUAACGACUUUCCGGAUAUUCGUUUGCCAAUAGAGGAAUUUAAUGAAAAAAUGAAUAAUAUUAAAGAAUUAUUAAAUAUAUCAAAUUUAACUGAUGAGAUAUUGGACGAAAUUUAUUCUACGUUACGAGAAGAUGCUGCCAACAAUUCAAUAAAAUUUUACAUAUUUGAAAAACGUACUGUAAAAGAAUUUAAUGUCUUUAAACGGGUUAUCGGGUUUAAAUCUGAAAAAAUUCCGGAUGCUAUUGAUAUGUCAAAAGAGGAAUUUAACGAAAUAAUGAAUGCAAAAAUAGAAAAUUUAACUGAUGAGAUAUUGGACGAAAUUUAUUCUACGUUACGAGAAGAUGCUGCCAACAAUUCAAUACAAUUUUACAUAUUUGAAAAACUUAUUAAAGACCCUGAACGGGUUAUCGGGUUUAAAAUUGAAAAAAUUCCGGAUGCUAUUGAUAUGUCAAAAGAGGAAUUUAACGAAAUAAUGAAUGCAAAAAUAGAAAAUUUAACUGAUGAGAUAUUGGACGAAAUUUAUUCUACGUUACGAGAAGAUGCUGCCAACAAUUCAAUAGAAUUUUACAUAUUUGAAAAACUUAUUGAAGACCCUGAACGGGUUAUCGGUUUUAAAAUUGAAAAAAUUCCAGAUGGUAUUCAUAUGUCAAAAAAGGAAUUAAAAAAUAUAAUGAAUGCAAAAAUAGAAAAUUUAACUGAUGAGCAUCUUGAAAGAAUUUUUGAAAAAAUAAUAUACAGAUAUAAAGGAUGUGUUGACAAGCUUUCAGUAGAAGGCUACUUAUGUAAGAAAACCAUAGGAUCGAAGCAUAUACUAUCUGAACAGGAAAUCGAAUAUUUAACUAAAAGUUUGCCGUCGGUUAUGUGUUUGGCAAAAUCGCGAUUUAAAGACGAAAUAAAAAGAGAUGAGGUAUUGGACGAAAUUUAUGCUGGUGCCCAAAGAUAUUUGGCUAAAUAUUUAAAACCCCUUGGUAUACUUUCUCGUAAAAAAUACGAUAAAAAAGUGGACAGAUCUCACAUAGAACGCUUCUUGGUCGACAACUUAUCCAAAUACAAUGGACUAACAAUUUAUAGGGUGCGGGAUGUAGUAAAUGACUUGCCGCCAGCUAAACAGUUUAUGUCGAAAAGUGAAUUUAAAGAUAAAUUUGAUUAUGGUGUGUUCACUUCACGAGGAUAAUGGACGCUACAACAGCAUCCUUGGGCGUAUUUAAAUUUUUUCCGUUAUAUGG